UGAACAUCGACACAGCACACUGAACAUCAGCAUUGUGCUUCAUUGUGUACAGAGGAAAGUACACGCCACGUGAAGUCAAGAAAAUGGAGGGCAUUUAUGUGACAGUCCGAACGUCAUUAUCCCCUCUGUCAGGAUCAUACAACAUUCUUUGGGUCUCUCUGAUCGGUUCUCAGUGUGAGUGUCCACCAGUUACAUCUGUUACAGACGCACAGUGUCUUUUUCCUGGUUCGAGUUGCACCAUGUUGGUGAAGCCUGAUAAGGAAAUAGGCAAUGUGGUUCUGGUGCGUUUGCGGCUUGAGGCUCGGCCUGGUUUCCCUAAUCUCGACUGGCAUUGUCUAGACGUGGAGCUGAAACUCAGCUCUGAUGCCACAGAAGUGGAGUGCUUUCCCUGCAACAGGUGGAUCAGUACUGCAGAUGGUGAUGUGGAGCUUCGAAGCAGUAGAGUGUGUCUGCUGAAUUGUGAGUCACUGCAGAUUCUUCGAGAGCACAGGGCCAGGGAGCUCCAGAAUAAACAACAAUAUAUAAGAUGGAUGACUUUUGUUGAAGGUGGCCUCCGUUGCAUUGACACAACCUGUGUGCAGGACCUGGGACCAAACUUGGGUUACACACGACAAAGCCCAGGCGUCAACGUGCACUACCUUAGGGGUUUUACUGAUCGAGCUGAACCAUGGAGCAGCAUGACGGAACUGGAAAUGCUAUUCAUCCACAAUAGCAAAGAUAACACAGUUGCCAAGUAUGUUAAGUCUCACUGGAAAGAGGAUGCCUUUUUUGGUUAUCAGUGUCUGAAUGGAUGUAAUCCCCUGAUCAUCAAACAGAUCCACAGCCUUCCACCUAAUCUAGCUGUCACAUCUGAGAUGCUCAAGGAUUUCUUGCCAGAGAGUUCUUCUCUGGAGCUGGAGUUAGAGCGAGGAACUAUAUUUCUCCUGGACUAUGAGAUACUCGAUCAGGUACCUGCCAACGUUAUCAACGGCAGACAGUCAUACAUGGCAGCUCCACUUUGUCUCCUGCAUUACAACCGACUUGGAGAAAUGAAGCCUAUAGCUAUUCAGCUCCAGAAAAAUGCUGGGCCUCAAAAUCCUGUCUUCUUGCCUUCUGACUCUGCAACUGACUGGCUGUUAGCAAAGAUAUGGGUCCGUAAUGCAGAUUUCCAGGUUCACCAGCUGCUCUCGCACUUCCUGCGCACUCACUUGCUAGGAGAAGUUUGCUGUAUCGCUACGCUUCGGAAACUGCCAGAAAUACACCCCCUACAUCAGCUUCUGAUGCCUCAUAUAAAGAAUUCUCUUCAGAUCAAUAUCCAGGCUCGAGGUUCUCUUCUGGCUGCUAAUGGUGUAUUUGAUAAGGCUAUAGGUUCUGGCCUUAAGGCAUUGCCUCUUCUGCUUGCUCGAGGCACUGACCAACUACGCUACACUUCACUCUGUGUCCCAGAUGACCUGAAAGAGCGCGGACUGGACAAACUACCCAACUGUUACUACGCGCAGGAUGCACUGAGGGUGUGGAAUGCACUUCACAGGUUUGUGGGAGGUUGGGUGAAAUUGUAUUACAAUGACGACCAAGAGGUCCAGCGUGACUCAGAACUCCAGAGCUGGAUCCAAGAAAUACACAUUGAGGGAUUUCGUGGUUUUACCCACACAGGUUUUCCACAGACUUUUCAGACCACAGCAGAACUGACCAAAUACAUCACAAUGGUGAUCUUUGCAAGUUCAGCAUUGCAUUCUGCUGUCAACUUCUCUCAGAUUGACUUCAACUUAUGGAUGCCAAACUGUCCGCCUGCAAUGUCACGUCCUCCUCCCCAGGUGAAAGGCUCAGUGACAGAGGAAGAUCUUUUGUCAUUCCUCCCUGAUGUCAACAGUACCUGCAGUGUACUCGUUGUACUGUCUUUGCUGUCAAAGCCUUCUCUCGACUAUGUGCCCAUGUGCCAUUACCGUGAGUGGUACUUCAGCAGCGGCGCUCCUCACAAGCUUGUCCAAAUGGUACAGCAAGACCUGAGGACCAUCGCUCAUGACAUCCUUAAGAGGAACAGCAAACUGGAGCUAGCUUACCCAUACCUCUCUCCAAAUAACAUAGAAAACAGUGUGGCUAUCUAAAUAAAACUGAUUUAUUAGCCAUUGUUCCGCACCUAAACAAAAACAAAUCACACAAUAAGAAUAAUUAGAAUUAGAAAACAAAUCACACAAUAAGAAUUAUUAUGUCUUUAAUAUUUGUUACAAUAAGCCUUAUGAAGGCUUAAUGCAUAAUUACAAAGUUAAUUAAAGCUUCUGCACAGCUGCAUGAAUUUUAUAUAUGUUUCAAUGCACAUAGAUAUGUAACUGAGUUAAGUGAUAGCAAAAAAAAAAAAAAAAAAAAUAAAAGCCACAAAAUAUCAUUGGAUGCACAAUAUGUAUUGUUUAAAUGCUGAGAUGAGAUGACAGAUGUGUUUCAGUUUUUUUGUGGUUGUCAUUCAUGUUUAAGUAGAGUGUUUAUCAUCAAAUUAAUUUUUGCAUUCAAUUUUACCAUCUGUUUAAAUUACACAUAAACUUUGACCUAUGUGAACUACAUUCCAGACUGAAUCUAAAAACUGAAAAAUACUGUAAAUCACAAUUUUUAUGAUAACUAAGA